AUGAAUAAAUUGUACAAGGAGAUAAGCGAAGAGUUUCUUGAUGGAUUAAGAGAGUAUAUUGAUGAGAAGAUUGGAUAUGAAGAGAUUGAGAGACUUUGUGCUAGAGAGUCUUUGGCUUACAGCAAAGAUAGAUGGGAGAGUGUGAUUGAGGAAGGAGCGAAUGAGAUUCUGGAUCUGAAGCGAAGGAUAUAUGAAGGGAUAUUGAAGAUUGAGGAGAAGGUGAGAAUGCUGGAGAAGCUAGGAAAAGGAGAAGAAUUUGAAGUUGAUGUUGAAGCUGUGGCGAUGCAUUCUGAAAUUGUUGGAAGGUGUGCAGCGUCACCUGUAGGAUAUGAAAACGCAGGAGUGUAUUUGCCAUCAUUUCCAUCGAUUAGCAUGGUAAGGAGCCUGAAUUCUGAUGAAGCCACAUAA